AUGAAAUUAAUUUGUUAGUAUCAAAAAAGAUAAAUGCUAACCAAUACUCUUUAACGAAAUUGGCAUUGUUCUUGUGCUUCUUUCUCCAGUGGCUGGUGGUGAUCGCAUUUGGAAUUGCACAACAGCGAUGGGCGAGGUUGUUAGUUCAGCUCCCGGGAAAGUGUUAAUGACCGGUGGUUACCUGAUUUUGGAGCGACCCAAUGCAGGACUUGUCCUCAGCACAAACGCUCGUUUUUACGCCAUCGUCAAACCAAUUCAUCACGAAAUCAAACCUGAUUCCUGGGCAUGGGUGCCUAUUAUUACUAUUGCUUUUCCUUCAUCUUCAUCUUUUACUCACUCAUUCUCUCUUACUCAUUUUCCUUCAGGCAUGGACAGAUGUCAGAUUAACCUCUCCUCAACUCUCCAGAGAAGCCCUCUACAAACUCGCUCUCAAAAAUCUCACCAUCCAAACCGUUUCCCCAAGUGAUACGAGAAAUCCUUUUGUGGAAUAUGCGGUGCAGUAUUCCGUGGCUGCUGCUUACGCAACGUUUGACCAUAAUAAAAAGGAGCUGUUGCACAAACUACUUUUACAUGGUCUUGACAUUACAAUUUUGGGUGGCAAUGAUUUUUAUUCGUAUAGGAAUGAGAUUGAGAGACGUGGACUCCCUUUGACUCCGGAAUCAUUGGCCACCCUUCCUCCCUUUUCCUCCAUUACUUUCAAUACCGAUGAUGCCGAUGGAGGGAAUUGCAAGCCUGAAGUGGCUAAAACUGGUUUGGGCUCUUCUGCAGCGAUGACAACGGCUGUAGUUGCUGCUCUACUUCAUUACCUGGAUGUUGUAAAGCUUUCCUCUUCGAAAGAUCAUCGGGAAAGGAAGGAUGUUGCAGAUCUUGAUAUGGUGCAUAAAAUAGCUCAAACUGCACACUGUAUUGCACAGGGGAAAGUUGGCAGUGGGUUUGAUGUCAGCUCAGCUGUGUAUGGCAGUCAGCGCUAUGUGCGGUUUUCACCGGAAGUGAUUUCUUCCACUAAGGUUGCAGAUAUAGCAGUGCCUUUAUCAGAUGGUAUCACUGAAAUUAUAAAAGGAAAUUGGGACCAUGACACGACUGAGUUCUCUCUACCACCUUUGAUGUCUCUUUUACUAGGAGAACCUGGAACUGGUGGAUCAUCCACGCCAUCGAUGGUUGGUGCUGUUAAAAAAUGGCAAAAGUCUGACCCUCAGAAAUCCCUGGACACAUGGACAAGAUUGUCAGAGGCAAAUUCAGCAUUGGAAAUGCAACUAAACUUGUUAAGCAAAUUAGCAAAGGAACAAUGGAAUGCAUAUAAAUCUGUGAUUGACAGCUGCAGCAUGCUCAGACCAGACAAGUGGAUAGAACAAGCUUCUGAACCUAACAAGGAAGCAGUUAUUAAAGCACUGCUUGGAGCAAAAGAAGCCAUGCUGGGGAUUAGAUAUCAUAUGCGCCUAAUGGGCGAGGCUGCAGGUGUUCCAAUUGAACCAGAACCACAAACACAACUUUUAGAUGCUACAAUGAACUUGGAAGGAGUAUUGUUGGCUGGAGUUCCAGGGGCAGGAGGAUUUGAUGCAGUCUUUGCUGUUACUUUGGGAGAUUCGAGCAGCAAUGUGACAAAAGUAUGGAGUUCACUCAAUGUCCUUGCCUUGUUGGUUAAAGAAGAUCCUUGUGGCGUUUGUUUAGAAAAGGCUGAUCCACGAACCAAUGGAAUCACAUCAGCUGUGUCUUCAAUUCAUAUUGAAUAAGCUCAUUUCCAUCAAUUAAUAGUUCCGUGGAAUGUGGCUUCACUAGCUAUUAGUUUUUGCUUUUUUUCAAUUUCGGGGGAAAAUGAGUGUAAGAUUGAAAAUAAGCUUUAAUUGAUAUAGUUUUUUUUAUUUUUAUUUUAAGUGAAGCCCCUUUCAAAUAUUCUUGGUUUUGUAAACGAGCAGGAGAUUCUUUGAAUCUAGUUUCCUAUAGCCAAAGCCAUAACAGAAGAAAACAAUGUAUCAUCAAAAUUUCCGAUUUGUUGCGUAACAUCUUCUUGCUUAUUCAGAUGUACCUACGUUUUCUACAACUGGUCGAGAGAAUAUGUCAAAUAACUUGGCUAAAACUUUCCUG